AUGUUGUCCCCGAAAGCCACCGCUCUCUUCAACCUAGUCCUCCUGGCCUCUGCAGCCCCUGGGAAGCGCCAGUCCACUGGCACCGGAUCUUGUACCGACCUGCACCUCUUCAUCGGCCGAGGAUGGAAUGAGGGAUACCCGGGCCGUCAUCAGUCCCUCAUUGACGCCACCUGCAGCGGCCUUACUAGCUGCGACUACGAAGACAUCCGGUUCGAUGCUACCAACGCCGACGGCUACGCUAGAGCGGUUGAGCAGGGCCGGGCCUCGGGCGUCUCUCAGAUCAGGGCCUACGUCACAAAGUGCCCCAACUCGAAGAUCGUCGUGAGCGGUUACAGCGAGGGCGCCAACGUUGUUGCUGACAUCCUGGCCGAUUCCGGACUUGCCCCCGGAGCUUCUCCUGGAAGCAAGAUCUGCGCCGCUACUCUUUUCGGUGAUACGACGCACGCUGCCAGCCAGAGCUACAACGUUGGAGGCGGAGCAGCCUACCGCGGCUCAAUGGCCCGAUCCGGCUCGUCCUUGCGCAACAUGAACCAGUUCGCCGGCGUCUUGCGCUCCUGGUGCAACGGCGAUGAUCCUGUCUGCGCGUCCAACUCGGGCAGUGACGGCGGCGAGGCAGCCCACACCAACUACUUCCAGCUGUACUCCAACGAUGCCGCCGCCUUCAUCAAGGAGAAGUGCCCCGUCCCCACCGCGACAGCUACCUCCACUGUCCCUGCCCCCACCGCGACCGGCUCUGUCUGUGUUGACGGCACGGUCAAGUCCGGUUUGUCGGACAACUAUAUUGGUCUCUGCAGCUUCUCGUGCUCCAACGGAUACUGCCCCGACGGUGUGUGCCAAUGCUCCACCUUCGGCCAGCCGACGACGCCACCCGCCGGCGACGGCCGCGAUGGCUGCCCUGCCGAUGGGCUGGACGAGAGCUACAAGGGGCUUUGCAGCUUCAGCUGCAGCCACGGCUACUGCCCGGAUGGUGCCUGCAAGUACUGCUGA